CGGAGAAAUCCCCUGCCAGCGUUUAUAGGGCGCCGCGGCGGCGCUGGCGAGCCCACAAGAGUCGCAGCCAGCGGUCCUCCCCUCCGUGACACUGCGAGGCAGCGAGCGCGCAGCCCGCGGCCGAGCGCACCUGGGCCGCAGCGCCAGAGCUUUCACCGCGCCAUGUUUCAGCCCGCCGAGCACGGCCAGGACUGGGCCAUGGACGGUCCCCGGGACGCGCUCAAGAAGGAGCGGCUGCUGGACGACCGCCACGACAGCGGCCUGGACUCCAUGAAGGACGAGGACUAUGAGCAGUUGGUGAAGGAGCUGCGGGAGAUCCGCCUCGAACCGCAGGAGGCGCCGCGCGGCGCCGAGCCCUGGAAGCAGCAGCUCACCGAGGACGGAGACUCGUUCCUGCACUUGGCCAUCAUCCAUGAAGAGAAGGCACUGACCAUGGAAGUGAUCCGCCAAGUGAAGGGCGACCUGGCCUUCCUCAACUUCCAGAACAACCUGCAGCAGACUCCACUCCACUUGGCUGUGAUCACCAACCAACCAGAAAUUGCUGAGGCACUUCUGGAAGCUGGCUGUGAUCCUGAGCUCCGAGACUUUCGAGGAAAUACCCCCCUACACCUUGCCUGUGAGCAAGGCUGCCUGGCUAGUGUGGGAGUCCUGACUCAGACCUGCAGGACCCAGCACCUCUACUCCAUCCUCCAGGCCACCAACUACAAUGGUCACACGUGUUUACACUUAGCCUCUAUCCAUGGCUAUUUGGGCAUCGUGGAGCUUUUGGUGUCUUUGGGUGCUGAUGUCAAUGCUCAGGAGCCCUGUAAUGGCCGAACCGCCCUCCAUCUUGCAGUGGACCUGCAGAAUUCUGAUCUCGUGUCACUCUUGUUGAAGUGUGGGGCUGAUGUCAACAGAGUGACCUACCAGGGCUACUCCCCAUACCAGCUCACCUGGGGCCGCCCAAGCACGCGGAUACAGCAGCAGCUGGGCCAGCUGACCCUCGAAAACCUUCAGAUGCUGCCAGAGAGCGAGGAUGAGGAGAGCUACGACACGGAGUCAGAGUUCACAGAGGACGAGGUAAGUCUCAGCUUCGUCACUCUGCACAAAGCAAUACCCUUCCAGGCCCCUAGAGCGACUCUUUAUCCAAAGGGCUCAACGUAAUGAAAUUCUCACACUUUAGUGUGUGUGACCAGUAGUACCCCAAAAGUGUGUCUUCAUUUUUUGCCCUUUUUAAAGGAGAGAACUAAAGAAAAACUCCCUCAGCCCCUGAAGUUAAUUUAUAUUUGGGUUAUGGAGAAUGGAAUGCAAGAAUACUUGAGUUAUUUCCAGGAACAGCCCUCACCAUUAUCCCAGCACCUUUGGCAAAGCUCUGGAAGUUUAACAUGCCUUUUCUUUCUCUUGUUUUUAGCUGCCCUAUGAUGACU